GAAUAAUAGUUGCAGUGCGCUGCACUUACGCCCGCACCGACGACGCUCCUUCGGCGUCGCGCCGCCCGCUUUGUAUCUAUUCAGCUCCAACUGAGUUAGGUGUGAAACCCGGAAAGAUGUUUUGCAAAGCGUUUUAUCAAUUCUGGCCUAGCAGUGGUUGCCAUGACAAAUAAAUCUAACACCAUCUCACACAUACAUUACGUUACCAAUUUUGUAUUAGUAAUUAGAUGAAGUUGUGACCACUUGCAAUGGAAAAUGCAAAUCAGGCCCCCGCAGCCGGCAUAGGCGUCCGCAGAGAGCCUUCCAGUGAUCCAGUCAAAGCUCAAGGAAUUUUGAAAUCGGUGAGCAAAAAAGAAAAGCAUGCAGCCCGUCUUUGGCAGCAACGCUGGGGUUUCCUCAGUCGAGUACGCGAAGUGCAGGAAGAAGAAGCGCAGAAAUUAGGUAUGUCUCUGGAUGAGUAUCGAGCAGGAGUUCGUUCUGUGAGCUGCAAACCCGAAAAGGAGAUUUCCGUCAACAUUGAUCCUUCGCCUGCACCACUUCCGCCCACCAGUGCCGGUGUAAUAGGUCGUCGAGCCCAGUGUAGUUUGGAGCGGUUUGGACCUCAAGUUAAAACAGUUCGCGACUACCCGAUACGUCCUCCACUACCGCCCGGACAAAUAUACGACCCGUAUAAGCAGACCAUGAUAUUUUUGGGAAGCGUGGAAGGAGACCCAAUAUCGUACACGCUACCCGCUGCGCGCUGCGAAGUCACCGACGACAUGUGGGCACGGCCGCAACAACUCUCUAUAACCUCGUUUCAACUCGAUAGAAUAAAUGAUACUCGUAUGUACAGUUCUCGUCAAGAAAGUUGAAACUGCGCGGUUGGUAGUGACCGGCAAACUUUUCAAAAAUGCGUUAAUACCUACUCGAUUUUUAGGUCUCUUAGAUGUAGUAAUACCAUGGGCAAAAAUAUUUAUCUUGUUUCUACUCAAUCAAUAGAUCCAGUACCAAUAAAUUUAAUAUUGUUAUUUAUGAUCAUGGUUCGAUUGACAGAAACACAGGCAAAAAAAUUGCCUUUGGAUCGACCAGUAGAACUUUGCGACCACGGACAAUAAACAAAAGGGAACCAGUGGGGAUUUCUAUCGCGCGAGAGCACGUGAUUGGUUUUAUGAGUCGGCUCCUGUUUCACGCGAUAACUGUGAAUUUGAACCAAAAACAUUAAACAUUUAUCUUUGACAUUGUUGUAUUGUAUGUAUAAUAAGUUAACGUAGUGCCCGGUAAAAUCAACUGUGGUUUUUGUGACAA